AUUCCACAGCAGGUAACGGAGUGCUAACAAAAGCCACAGUUCCCAUCUAUGCAACAGGGGUCCUUACAUGUUAUAUUCAGGAAGAAGACCGCAAGCUGUUAGUCGGAUUCUUAGAAGAUGUAAUGACCAUGCUUUCACUAUCCCAUGCUCCUCUUGAUAGCCUCAAAGCUUCCUUUGUGGAACUGGGUGCAAACCCAGCUUAUCAUGAGCUGCUAUUAACAGUCUUAUGGUAUGGAGUUGUCCAUACUUCUGCUCUUGUUCGAUGUACAGCUGCUAGAAUGUUUGAGCUGUUGGUGAAGGGGGUACAUGAAACUCUGGUAGCUCAGAGAGUUGUUCCUGCUCUCAUUACUCUCUCCAGUGACCCUGAAAUUUCAGUAAGGAUUGCAACAAUUCCUGCUUUUGGGACCAUCAUGGAAACUGUAACUCAGAGAGAGCUUCUGGAAAGAGUAAAAAUGCAGCUGGCAUCUUUCCUGGAGGACCCUCAAUAUCAAGACCAACAUUCUCUACACACAGAAAUCAUAAAAACAUUUGGAAGAGUUGGACCUAAUGCUGAGCCUAGAUUUAGAGAUGAAUUUGUUAUUCCACACUUGCUCAAGUUAGCCUUGGUUAACAACCAGCAGUCCGUGGAUUCGAAGAGAUUGGAUAUCGCUACUCACCUGUUUGAAGCUUACAGUGCUCUUUCCUGUUGUUUUAUUUCAGAGGAUCUAAUGGUCAAUCACUUUUUACCAGGACUUAAGUGUUUACGAACUGAUAUGGAACAUCUCUCGCCAGAGCAUGAGGUUAUUUUAAGCUCCAUGAUAAAAGAGUGUGAACAGAAAGUGGAAAACAAGACCGUCCAAGAACCACAGGGCUCAAUGUCAAUUGCAGCGAGCCUUGUGAGUGAAGACACAAAGACCAAGUUUUUGAACAAAAUGGGCCAGCUGACUACAUCAGGUGCAAUGUUGGCUAAUGUGUUUCAGAGGAAGAAGUAAGAUGGGAAAAGGAACCCCCAGCUAACACUAAAAUGGACCUCACAGAGACUGGUUCCUGUACUUGAAGUACUUGCCUUUUAAUUUCUUCUGUCUUAUGUUCUUGUAGUAUAAUUUUAUUCUAACCUCCAAAGAUAUUUGCACUGCUUUUGAAUAUCGCUGUGUAUCUGUUAAUUUUGGGUUACCUGUGGUUGAUAUAAAACUGAAAUCAUAGUCUGUACCAAGUCCCUGUUCUGUGUUCUUGUCUUUCCAGCAUAAUUUUUUUUUUUUUUUUUUUUUAUAUAGUGGAAGGUUGUUUGGGUUUUGUUCUUUUUUAUUUUCUGACAGGAUAUCAGCAAGUAUCUGUAUUAUACAUGGAGCUAUUAUGAUGGUACUUAAAAUAAUGUAAAUUUGAAGUCAUUGUCAUGAAGUAAUAAAAGUGGAGAUUACUUAUGUAUUUAAAUUAUGAAAGAGUAAUGCAGAUUUUUUUUAUGAUGUUUCUAAAAAGAAGAGGAAGAGCCACCAGCAUUUGUCUGUGCUUCUAGGAUUGUUUUUGUAAGUAUUGUGCAUCUUGAAUCCAGAGGAAUUGCAGUAUCUAAUGUAUGAGACUGUUUGCACUGCAUCAGUCUGCAGGGAACGUUCAUGUUUCAGAUGCUUUAUGCUGACAUUGUAAAUGCUGUACAAAGUCCUUCAGAUAAAAUUCUCACAUCUGU